AUGUCAUCUGGUGGUGUUGCCAUUCGUUUGGCACAGUCUCAAUCUCAUGGACCUCUUUUGAGAACGAAUACAGCGCCUGUAUUCAACAAUAGAAGCGCCGAGGGCAACGGAACUGGUUUGAGUCAAACAAUGAGCCAUAACUCACGAUCGUCGCAGCUUACGGGCUCGACUGCUUUUACGACUUCCUCUACGACUUCAUUAAAUUCUUUUUCUAGUUCUGCGCCGCUUAUUCCAGCUCCACUGGCGAUGCCAGUACAAGGCGGAAAUGUAAUUGCGACGAACAAUAUCAUUAACCAGAGAGCCGACGCCUCGAGAUCACUAUAUCAAAUAUGCGUCAAUUUACGACAGCGGUUAGCACAAGUUCCGGGAUUCGACGGUCAUUUUGUUGAUUCGGAUGAUGAAGAUGAAGCCGAGGAGGAUAUGGACCCAGUGUCCUCACUUUGGAGAUGUCUACGAAAAGGAACUCCCUUGGUGACGCUCUACAAUACCCUACAGCCCGCAGAGCCUCUACCACAGCCCGACAACAAGAUGGCGGAGCCAAAGAAAUCGAAGAUGGCAGCAUUCAAGUUUGUUGAAGCUUGCAUGAAAGAUCUACAAAUACCCCCUGGCGACGUUUUUGCUCUAUCUGACCUUUUUGGUGAUGACACGACUGGUUUCGUGAAGGUUACCCAAGUUAUCAAUAUUGUUCUUGAUGUGGCCGAGCAACGUGGCCUGCUUCUUACAUCAAAGGCCGAAGAUACCAGCGAAUCUGCCACCGCGCCUGGUUCCAAGAUGAGUUAUAGGCAACACGUCGUCCGAGAACUAGUUGAUACGGAACGUAAAUACGUUCAAGAUCUGGAAAACUUGCACGAAUUAAAGAAGACAAUCGAGCAAAAAGGUGUCAUUGCAGGCGAUGUCGUACACGAUAUAUUUCUUAACAUCAAUGCGAUCCUCGACUUUCAACGACGAUUCCUCAUUAAAAUUGAGACUACAAACUCUCAACCGGUAGAUAAACAGGAAUGGGGACUACCAUUCAGAAAUUACGAGGAAGCAUUUGGCAUUUACCAACCGUUUAUUGCGAAUCAGCGAAAGGCGGCAACGAUAGCUAAAGAUAACUUCGACAAAAUUACAUUGGCAGAUCACCCUGUCGUGGUGGAUUUCAAUACUUUGGAUGGCUUCCUCCUGAAGCCCAUGCAGCGUCUAGUGAAAUACCCUCUUUUAUUAAAGGAUCUUCGAGACAAAACAAAUGCUAGUGACGAGGCGAAAGAAGAUCUUACUCUGGGCAUCGAAGCGUCGAACCGCGUGCUUCACCAGGCAAAUGCGGCAGUCGAUAGGGAACUGAGAGGUGAAGCUUUGUUGGAUCUUUGCAGCCGUGUGGACGACUGGAAGAACCACAGAGUUGAUCAUUUCGGCGACCUGAUUUUACAUGGCCAUUUCCCCGUGGUUACUGGUAAGAGUGACGUUCAAAAAGAGGUGCAUUUCCCUCUUUCCUCUAGUCAAGUUUCGGCCAAAACUUAUAAACUCGAUCAGUACACUAUAUAUCUCUUUGAGCGCAUUCUCCUCUGUUGCAAAGAACUCAAUCCAAACAAGUCCAAAGAUAAACUCUUAGGAAAUCAAAAGGACAAAAAGGAUCGAAAAGACAAGAACAAAAUCAAGGAAAAGGAUAAGAACGCCAAAUUACAGCUCAAGGGUCGAAUUUUCAUGACCAACGUGACAGACGUGGUAUCGUCUGCUAAGCCAGGUUCUUACACAGUUCAGAUAUACUGGAAGGGAGACCCGGGAGUUGAGAAUUUCAUCAUCAGAUUUACCAACGAAGACACCAUGAAGAAGUGGUAUGAAGGUGUCGAUAAGCAGAAGAAAGAACAUGCUAAUAUCGGGGCGCAAGCAAGCACUAGCCCUGAUACAGUAAACAGGGACUUUGAAUGGAUGCGUGAUCAGACCGCAUCGAUGCCUAACCCCUACGUUCAAGAGGAAGAGGAUGAAGAGGAAGACUACACUGGUACGACCGCAUAUGGAUCUCCAUCAAACUCUGGAAUGCCCCCAAAUUUCGGGAUGCCUCCCAAUGCUAGUAUGGCUCGAAAUUCUUCUAGUAAUAGCCUGCGUUCGAGAUCUGCAACAGCAGAGAGCAAUCAGUCUUUAGCUGGUAUUGCACGAGCACCACCACCACGCUUCCCGCUUGGCAUGGGCAUAGCCCCACCACUCAGUCUGCAGACUCAAAUUUCAGGCGAGAUGCCGUCUCCGAGUCAAAGAUUGGGAGAUUCGUACUUUUCGCCCGUUGGGGAGUCACCAGCCUCCUCAGCACGAACAAGCACUGCCUCUUCUGCAGGGUUCCAAUUUCCACGCCAACUAACACCUCAGGGCUCCUGGGAGGAUAACAAUCGGUAUACUGCACCUGCAAUUGGUCGCGUACCAUCAAGAGAAAGCCAGAGUUCUGUUAGCGGUGCCUCUUACCAGAUGAAUGGCCGGACGCCACAGAGACCAUCUCUUCCUGCCAUGGCUUCACAAUCACAGGCUGCAGCUGCACAGCAGCGAAGCCGCUCAUACAGCACUCCUGACAUCAAUGCUCAACAAGGGGUUCGUCGUCUGCCAAACGGAGCCAUGAGCACCCCGCAGGGACAAGUUCCCGCCGUCCCCGGUAUUCCGGCACACCUGCACCCAUCUUACGAUGCUGGUGUUCCCAGAUCCCAGAACAAUUCACCAAAUGGAUUGCCAGUAAGGACCAACACCCAGUCGCCUGGUUUUCAGAGAGAUCGUUUGGUGCAACAGCAGCAGCCAUCGCAAUACGCCAAUGGGUUGCAGUACCCAAAUGGCUCACAAAAUCUAAGCGUAUCACAGCCUAAUUAUGCUCGCAGUAAUACUACUCAGAUGCCGACAACUUCACUCGAUAGUCGGCUGCCACCGUCACUGAUGAGCGGCAAUCCCUCACCAGAAUGUGACAUGACUUUACCGACACAGCUUAAAGUGAAGGUGAAUUGUGAUGGUAAUUAUGUCACAUUGGUCGUGGCUUUCAACAUCACAUAUCAAUCCCUUACGGAUCGCAUCGAUGCUAAAGUUGGGAGAUUUUCAACCAACGCCAUUGCUCGGGGCACAAUGAGAUUACGGUACCGUGACGAAGAUGGUGACUUCGUCACUAUUGAAUCAGACGAUGAUAUCCAAAUUGCAUUUCAGGAAUGGAGCGAGGCACAGAAGUCACAAUACCAUACUGGGCAACUUGGAGAAAUUGAAUUAUUUUGUUUAAGCAUUGAUGGCGAGCGUUGA